AUGUUCGCCGCGUCCGCGCGCGCGUCGAUCGCGACGACGGCGCGACGAGCGACGGGGCGAGGCGAGACGCGGACGCGGCGACGCGCGCGCGCGAGCGCGACGGGCGCGGCGGGGGAGAAGCCGAGCGCGCGUUCGGUCGCGCGCGCGGUGUCGAUCGUGGGUGAUGCGGUGCGGCGACAACGGAAGAUUGGGGUUGAAAUCAUGGCGGAGGACGCGAGCACGAUGCGAGCGUCGGCGGCGCCGUUGUUCACCGUCGCGGCGGCGACCAUGGUUGACAGGAAGAUGAUCGGUUUGGUCACGCAGUCAGUGGCGUCCUUCAUUAAGCUCUACCUCCUUUUGCUGUUCGUUCGCGUCCUCCUGACGUGGUUUCCGAACGUGAACUGGAUGCGCCAGCCGUGGACGAUGCUGCGUCAGGUGACGGAUCCGUACCUGAAUCUGUUCCGAAACUUGAUCCCGCCCGUGAUGGGCCAAGUUGAUUUCACUCCUAUUUUGGGUUUCAUGGUGCUGCAAUUCCUCGCGCGCGUCCUUUCGUCGGACGCCGGUUUGGGUAAGUUCUAA